AUGGCUCAAAACAAAUACCUCAAUAAGCUGGAGGGCGACUCCGUACUGAUCAUCGGCGGCACGUCUGGUCUGGGCUUCGGCGUCGCGGAAGCCUGCAUCGAAUUCAAAGUCGCCCAACUGUAUGUCUCAUCAUCGCGACAGGCUAAGAUCGACACGACCAUCUCGCGCCUCCAGAACGCCUAUCCAGACAGCAAGACCAAAAUCACGGGCAUCGCGUGCAAUCUGGCCGAUGAAGCCACGCUCGAGUCCAACAUCGAGAAGCUAUUCCAGAAAAUCAAUGCCAAACUGGACCACAUCGUCUUCACGGCUGGUGAUCCGCUUGCCAUCAAGCCCCUCGAGUCCAUUGAUAUGGCCAUGCUCAAGCAAGCGGGCAUGGUGCGGUUCUUCGCGCCUUUCUUCGUGGCGAAACACGGCCGCCACUACCUCCACAACACCAACCGCAGCAGCAUCACCUUCACCUCAGGCACCAUCGUGCAGCAGCCCAACAAAGACUGGACGCCUGUCGCGGGCUUCAUGUCCGGCUUGGUGGGACUAACCAGGAACUUGGCCCAUGAGCUGAAGCCGAUCCGGGUGAACCUGGUCGAACCCGGCGCGGUCGACACAGAGUUGUGGGAUCCCAAGUUUGUCGGCAAUCCGGAGGCGAGAAAGGCAUUUCUCGACAAGUAUGGCCUGUCCUUGGCGACGGGAGUAGUUGGGAGGGUCGAGGAUGUGGUUGAGUUGUACAUGGCUGUAAUGAAGGACAGAAAUAAUACUGGUGCGGUGGUGGAGAGCAACGGGGGAGCGCUGGUUGCGUAG